AUGGCUGACUGGCCCAUCGCGCUUCACAGCUUCGGAGACAUCCAUUACUUUUACGGCCCACCGACCAACAACCCGCCUCACCACCGGUUCGACAAGGGCUCGUACGUCUACCUGUUUGAGAACGCAAACGACCGCCGUGCGCGCAUUGAGAUCGCAAAUCAGCCCGGCACUGACGACCAAGAUGCCUUUGACGGAUUCCUGGAUAAGACGCAUGUCCGAUACUCUUACAACCACCAGUGCAUGGUGACGCUCACCGUCGGCGAGACGACGGACCAGAUGGAAUGGCACCUUCCUACAUACGACCCGCACAACCAGAGCAAGUAUCACUACAAGCUCCAUUCACUCGACAUUUACUUCUGGAAGCAGGAGGAUGCCCUACAGUUCGUCAAUGGCAUCCGCAGAGUCCUCCCACCAGCGCAGGUUGAGAUCCUAGACGAGCCGGCGCAAUCGUCAUCACACCACCAACUGCACCACCAACAGGCCGAUCCUGUGAGCACGCUGGUGCAACAGCUUGAGCACGUCGCCGUUUCGGACCCAAGCUACGGAACCUCGCAACCUUCUCAGCAGGCGGCCUCCGUACCGAGCUUCGCAGGCCCCCCCACGUCCGCUGUCCUUGCCCAGGAACCUCCGGCGAGCUUCGUGCCGAUGGCAUACAACCCCGCAGCGCCCGCAGCUCCGGAGGCGAUCCGACAUAGGGAAAAGACCCCGCCGCCGGAAGAUGGCAGCGUUGAUCCUCUAGCUGCGGCAGUGGCAUACGAUGCGCAAGCCCCCUUCUCUCCCGGCUUUGUCCCGCCGCCAGGCUUCCAAGCCGGACAAAUCGGCGUCGCGGGCUUACCUCCGCCACCCCCGCCGCCGGCGCAAUUCGGUGGGCCGCCUCCACAACCCGGACUCCAGCGCGCCGCGACCAUGCCCGCGCAAGCUGUCCAAGGCGGUCUUGCUUCGCCGGGUCUAUCCAGCCCUUACGGCAACGGCUUUCCCGGCACCCCUGGCUUGCAGCCUCCUCCUCCCCCGCCGCCUCAGCAGCCGCAACAACAACAACAACAACAACAACAAUCGCAGACGCCUCAGCCACAGCAAGUACAACAGUCGACCCCGCCGCCUCCAACAUCACAAGGCACUCCCCCGGUCACAAGUCCAGGCGCCGUGGCCUCGCCCCCAGGAGGCUACUCAUCUUAUUCGUACACCACGCAGCAGCAGCCAGCAGCUCUCGACUACUCUGUCCAUCAGCAGGUGUACCGGCCGACGGAGCAGGAAGCGGCCAAGUACAAGGGUUACAUGGUCAAGCAGGAGCCUGCCGGUAAGUUGGAGGUGAAUGCGGGGCGUCUGGAGAGGGGCGUCACGGGCAUGUUGAGGAAGUUUGAGAAGAAGUUUGGGUGA